AUGUCAGACCUCGACGCAGAUCUUUACGGCGACCUUUAUGGAAAUGACGAAGCCGAGUUUGCUGACCCGGAGACCAACGAAAGCGAGGUAAAAACGACGGCAGAGCCUACGGAGGCGGCGACGACAACAACUCAGCCGACAGGGACGACCAGCAAGCAAGCGCAGGCGGGUAAUGACUCGGCGUCGACGGCAGGGACAUCAGCGCCUACAGCUCCUCAACCUUCAGCAAUUCCGACUUCGGCUUCCCCAGUUCCACAGCAGAUUCCGACUUACGAACAGCCCCAACCCUCGGAAUAUCAGUCACUUGGCGGAGAUCCAGGCCAGUAUCAAAAUAUCCCAGUCACAGAACGAAGCAUUCGACCAUCAGAAAUGAAAGAUGAAGGGAAAAUGUUCAUCGGAGGACUCAAUUGGGACACCACGGACGAAUCUCUACGCGACUAUUUUACGCAAUUCGGUAAAGUUGAUGCUUGCACGAUCAUGCGCGAUGCCGCUGGGAGGUCACGGUGCUUCGCAUUUCUGACAUUCGAAGAACCUGCCAGUGUCAACGCAGUCAUGGUCAGGGAGCACUUUUUGGACGGCAAGAUAAUUGACCCCAAACGAGCGAUCCCACGACAAGAACAUCAACGUGCGACUAAGCUUUUCAUUGGAGGCUUGCCAGGAAGCGUAACCUCUGAGUCAAUGCGCGAAUAUUUCUCUCAGUACGGUAAAGUCAUUGACUCUACUGUCAUGCUUGACCGGGAAACCGGUCGAAGCAAGGGUUUCGGCUUCAUAUCUUUCGAGGACACCAACGUUCAGCCUAUCCUCGGUUUCGGCAACCUACAAAUUGACGGCAAGCUAAUUGAUGUCAAGCUCGCGCAGCCUCGCUACCAGCGCGACAACUAUCAAGAAGGGCAAGGCGCUGAAUACAAUGCCCAAGGCGGCGGCGGUGGCGCUCGCAACUUCGGUGGGCAAGGCAACUUCAAUAAUGCAAUGACACCCGCUGCCGGUGGAGGGGCUGCUGGAGCCGCUGGAGCCACCCCUAACGCCGGCGCAUUCGAUCCCCAAGCCCUUGCUGCUCUGUAUACGCGCAUGAUGCAAAUGGCUGGCGGCGGAAGCAUGAAUCCCGCGAUGAUGGGCGCAAUGGGUGGUAUGCGCCCAGGAAUGGGCAUGAACAUGGGUGGUAUGGGUGGUAUGGGUAUGGGUACCGGUAUGGGCAUGGGUAUGGGCGCUGGUGGCAUGAAUAUGGGUAUGGGUGGAGGAGGGGGAGGUGCGGGCAUGGGCCGGGGUGGUCCCGCUAUGAUGCAAGGUGCAGCAGCCGCUGGCGCUGGAGGUGGCAACCCCAACAUCCCAAGGGGUCCAAGGGGUGGUUCGGGCGGUCCCCCAGGAGUGCCUGGUAAUGCAGGCGUUGGCCCCCAGCGUGCCGGUCAAAGAGGCCAGCAUAACUAUCAUCCAUACUCCAGAUAA